AUGUUUAAGGCCACCAAGCUCCAAGUUGCCACGUACCUGCUUGGUGUCUGUCCCUUUUCUAUCGCGUUUCUUGUCUUUCUCAAUUCUUCGGUCUCGUUUGUUAUUACGGAUCUAAUUGGCAAAGAGGAUGGCGUUGGUGAUGCCGUUGGCACUCUGGGGUUUGCCGAUGAGCUGGUGGCAUUGGUAGCGUGUCCGCUAUGGGGCUUACUCUCUGAUCGAAUGGGUCUACGCCUUGUCUGUGUUGCAGGCUACCUGAUCAUUUGCUUGGCUCUGGUUUUGUUCGUCCAGGCAAAAAAUGUCUAUCCUGAGCUGCUGCUGGCCAGGUUAUUCUUCAGCCUCGGGGGUGCUGCGGCCUCCACCAUGGUCACCGCGAUUCUGCCUGCUGUCGCAACAUCGUCAAUAAACUACCCACCCGAGAACCAGCGUGCCGGCGUCGUUGCUGGCGGCAACGGCCAUGCUUCCAGUCCGUCAAUUGAGUCAGAGGUGACGAUCACACCCGCAAGAUUCGUGUCGACAUCCUCGCAACGCAAAAGCAAAGUUGAUUCGAUAGCAGCUGACUCAGAUAUUGCCGGCUCGACGAGUCGGGUUGCCGGAUUUGUGGGCAUGUUCACCGGUUGUGGUGCCCUCAUCGCCCUGACUCUUUUCUUGCCUCUUCCGGCUAAGUUUCAGUAUGCAGGUGUCGGGGAGAAGGCUGCCCUGAAAGAUAGUUUCUAUAUCGUGGCUGUUGUGGCUUUUCUGCUGGCUAUUUGGUGCUUCUUUGGUCUUCGACGUCUACAUAGUGACGCUGAAGACUAUCCCCCGAGGCCACCAAUCCCUCAGGACAAAAAGGGACUUUCACGCUUCACCGAGACACUCACUCAGAUGUCGAACAACUUUCAAAUUGCUCUCAUGGCAGGAUUUCAUCGCUCCGAGAUAGCCAUUGGGUACCUUGGAGGUUUCGUGGCCCGCGCUUCUUCCGUCGGCAUUUCUCUUUUCAUCCCCCUGCUUGUCAACGCAACCUUCCUCUCAUCCGGCCUAUGUGUGGAACCGUCCUCCAGUAAUGAUCCAACUGGUCUUCCGGACAUCAAGAGAAAGUGUCCUCGAGCUUAUGUGGUUGCCGCAGAACUCACGGGCGUCACGGAAUUGGUGGCACUUGUCUUUGCUCCUGUGUUUGGCUACUGGGCCGCGAGAGCAACGAGAAAAGAGAUUCCUCUCCUUGUCGCUUCGAUGGCAGGAAUUAUUGGAUACCCCUUGUUCGCAAACGAAUUCGAUCCUGAUGACAGAAACACAUCGCGAAGGGCGAUAGCAUUUAUCGCUGCUUGCCUUAUUGGAAUCAGCCAGAUCGGAGCUAUCGUCUGCAGCCUGGGUACGCUGAGCAAGGGGAUACUUCAGAAAGAAGCAAACAGUGCGCCCACCCUCUCCGAGCACAACGAUUCAGGGGUGGCCACCAACCUCGAUGAAGAGAGCCCUCUUCUGACAGCCACUCAACAAGCAACGGGAGAAACGCCGUUGUCGGCGUUGAAGGGCUCCGUUGCCGGUGUGUAUUCGCUUUACGGAGGUGCUGCGAUCCUGAUCCUGACCAAGAUCGGGGGCCUGCUGUUCGAUAAAGUCUCUUUGGCGGGCCCAUUCUACAUCAUGGCGAUUUUCAACGCAAUUUUGAUGGUGGCGUGUUUGAUCUCGAAUCUUUGGAACAGUAAGGAACCGGCGACACAGCCAGAACCGGGAGAACUAGGCGCAGGCUAG